AUGUCGUCAUAUGACCAGCCCCAGAACGGCGGACCGGGCCCCAUCCUGAACAAGUGCAAGGAGAUCAACGAUGGAAUUGCAGACUUGCGCAGCAAGAGAGAAGGCCAACUCGUGGCGGCACAGAAUGGUCUGUUGGAUUCGAGUACCGGCAAGGAGGACCAAGCUUCGCGUCAGACAUUGGACUACAUCGAGGAUGAGAUCAACAACGGUUUCCGCUACCUUCGUGACCUUCUGAAGAAGAUCAAGCAGACCCCCGGCUCCGGAGACGCCCGCGUUCAGACCCAGAUCGAUGUCACCAGCAGAAACCUUCGCCGUGAGAUUGAACAGUACCAGAGAGCUCAGUCGGAUUUCCAGAAGCGAUUGAGGGAGCAGGUUCGCCGACGAUAUGAGAUUGCCAACCCCGAGGCUACCCCCGAGGAGCUGGACCAAGGUGUUGAGAAUGUUCUCAUGGGCCAGGAACAGAGCUUUGUGGUUGCCGGUGGCCGAUCCAGACAGGCGAACGACGCCAAGACCGCCGCUUUGGAGCGAUCCGCAGCGAUUCGAAAGAUUGAGCAGGAUAUGAUGGAGUUGGGCCGAUUGUACCAAGAAGUCGCAGAGCUUGUUCACCAGCAAGAACCCGCCGUGGAGCAAAUCCACCAGGGUGCCGAAGAUGUCGUCCAGAACGUCACAAACGCCAACACUCAGAUCGACAGUGCUAUCUCGAGCGCACGCAAGGCAAGAAAGUGGAAGUGGUACGCUCUGCUUAUCGUUAUCCUUAUCAUUGCCAUCGUCGUCGGUGUUGCUGUGGGUGUGACACAAGCCAACAAGAGCACCAGCAAAUAA